UCUAUUAGUCUUUAGUGAUAUAUUAAUGUGCUUUAAGAUUGGUUAAAGAUCCCUUAGUCAAUGGUCUUCUUUGAAUGGCAGGUGGAUUUAUAAAUAUAGAAUAGGAGAGCGCAAGAUCAGCAGCUGUUGGCUGUUUUUGUCCCAUGGAACAGUCUCUGAUGUAACUGACAGUGUGCGUGUUGGCACAAACAGGCUUCCAGCAAGAAAGACACUCUUCCCUCCUGUGCUCGUCAGUCUGGUCUCCAGGGACUCCUUACUGCUCCUUGGGAAGAGACUUGAUUGCCAGCAGAAGGCAACUGUGAGAGUACCAUUUCUGAACGUUACAGUAUUUUUUAACCUCAACAAGGACUUUGUAAGGAUACUGCCCUGAUUGCCAUAUCAGCUUUCAGGAGGAAUAUGCCGAGAUGACAGUCACGUAUUCCAGUAAAGUGGCUAAUGCUACAUUCUUUGGUUUUCACCGGUUACUGCUGAAGUGGAGAGGCAGCAUUUAUAAGUUACUCUACAGAGAAUUCUUUUUGUUCAUCAGUUUAUAUACAACACUGAGCAUCAUAUACAGAUUUUUUCUUACAGAUACUCAAAAACGUUACUUUGAAAAGCUAUCGAUUUACUGUGACAAAUAUGCUGAACAAAUCCCAGUAACAUUUGUUUUAGGUUUUUAUGUUACUCUUGUAGUGAACCGGUGGUGGAACCAGUUUGUAAAUCUUCCAUGGCCUGACAGACUCAUGCUUCUCAUCUCCAGCAAUGUGCAUGGUAGAGAUGAAUAUGGACGGCUACUUCGCAGGACACUUAUGCGUUAUGUUAAUCUCACCUCCUUACUGAUCUUCCGUUCAGUCAGCACUGCAGUGUACAAACGAUUCCCAACAAUGGACCAUGUUGUAGAAGCAGGAUUUAUGACAGCAGAUGAGCGAAAAAUAUAUGACAACCUUAACUCUCCUCACCUUAAGUACUGGGUACCAGCCAUCUGGUUUGGAAAUUUAGCUUCAAAGGCCAGGUCUGAUGGAAGAAUUCGUGACAGCAUUGAUCUUCAGUCAAUGCUUCAUGAGAUGAACCGGUUCCGGUCUUGGUGUGGUCUCUUAUUUGGCUAUGACUGGGUUGGCAUUCCUCUGGUGUACACACAGGUAGUAACUCUUGCGGUAUAUACUUUCUUCUUCGCCUGUAUAAUCGGACGUCAGUUCUUAGACCCUAAACAAGCUUAUGUAGGACAUGAAUUGGACCUCUACAUUCCAGUCUUCACUCUGCUUCAGUUCUUUUUCUAUGCAGGCUGGUUAAAGGUGGCUGAGCAGCUAAUUAACCCUUUUGGAGAAGAUGAUGAUGACUUUGAAACUAACUGGUGUAUAGACAGAAAUUUACAGGUUUCCCUAAUGGCUGUGGAUGAGAUGCAUACAAACUUACCAAAGAUGAGUAGAGACAUCUACUGGAAUGACUCUGAUGCACGACCACCAUACACACUUGCAGCGGCUGACUACUGUAUUCCUUCAUUCUUGGGAUCAACAGUCCAUAUGGGGCUACCUGAUUCUGUAUUUCUACAUGAGGACUGGUUUCUGGAUGAAGAGAAGCAUAGAAGACAACCUUCUGUUUUAAGAAGAGUCAAGCGUUUUUUAAGUGUCCAUGAGCAUCCUGAAUCUCCCGUCAGAAGUACUUUCAGUCGACAGGGAAGUGAUGCUUCAGCUACGUUCUUUCCUUCUGAAACAAGUCACAUAGGCAGUUUCCAUGUUGUUCCAUCCAGAAGAACUAAUAUUCAUGGUAGUAGGAGGCACGGAUCUAUGGAUCAAAAUGCUAAGCCUGGCACCACUAGAAAUGAUCUAUCUGUUAUUCGGGAGUCUAGUAAAUCAAGUACUUCCGUAAGACAACCCUCAAAUGAGAACAGUACAACACCAAACUCAGCUUUAAAUGUACCUGAAGUGGUGGUUAGUACAUCUUCUGAAACGCUAGUCCAAAAUGCCACCCCACUGCAAUCAAAUUCUCCACCUAUAUUAAAUAAUGGAGAAAAUACUGACUGUGUUCAGAAAAACACAGAGCAACCAAGCUCUGAAAUAAUUCCCAAACAAGAUAUUCAGAAACAAGGGUCAAUACAAGUUCCACUGAAUACAGGUGGGGAGAAAUUACAGCACAUCACUAAAGAUCAACAGAUUGCAUCCCAUCGGUUAAGUGAAAUUAUAUUCCCAACACAAAGUCCUUUAACAGGUUUACAGCCACCAUAUACAUCUCUGCAUAAUAUACCUCUUUCUUUGCCUUCAGAAAGGGAAGUGCCUGCUUUAGGUGUUCACUCAAAUUCCACUGAAAAUUUGCUGGAUUUAUUGAGCCACAUUGCCACCAGAGAAACAGACAUUGUCGACUUUCACGAUGAAAAGAAAGAUGGGAAAAUAUAAGAUAAUAUUAAAUCCUGUAAAUGCAAACAUGUAGUUCUGGGACAAGAGAAUCUGCCUAACAAGAGGAACGACUUUCAUAACGCACAAAAAUAUCUAAGAACAAAUGUUUGUAGUCAAGCUACUGACAUGGUCAUUUCAUACUUGUUAUCAACAUGGUGCAAUUCUCGCUGGAAGCAGGGCAUUUGUAUAAUAUAGUGCUUUUUUUCUCAUUUCCAAGGAAAAUAACAGAACGUUGACUGUACCCAUCAGAAGAGGUUUGAAACUUGCACUUAUGAAAUCAAGUUCUGAAUUAGUCACUACUCACUGAAAUAUGGUUCUAAUGCCUCGUGCACAC